AGCGUAAGCAAAACUGCCUCUAUCGAUCGAAAGCACAAACUCCCGAGAACUUGAAAUCUGAAAUUCCAAAUCAUUUCCCCGAAUUCCCACAGUCUCUCUCUCUCUCUCUCUCUCUCUCUCUCUCUCUCUCUCUCUCUCUAUCUAUCUGAAAUCCAAACAUGGGCACCUCUCAGAGCCGCGAAGGUCAAUACCUCUCAGACUCUGAAUCAGACUACCAAUCGGAGGAGGAGCAGGAAGAAGAAGUCCACUACGACGCCGUUCAUCGCCAAGAGACCCCUCGAAGCACCUCAUCUACCUCAUCUAGAAAAGCUCUAGACGAAAUCGAUACCAAACUCAAAUCUCUAAAGCUCAAAUACCCAAAUUCCCAACAUGAUCUCCCUAAUCAACCGGUCAAGCUGUAUCUCCAUAUCGGCGGCAACACCCCUUCCGCCAAGUGGGUCAUCUCUGAUAAGCGCACUUCUUACAAAUUCGUUAAAAACUGUAAAGUCGACGGCAGUGAUGGUUCUGAUCAAGAAGAGGAAUCUCAAGGUGGAGAUAGCCCCUCAUGGAUUUUGAGAGUUGGGUCCAAAGUUAGGGCUAGAGUUUCCACGGAAAUGCAAUUGAAGAUGUUUGGAGAUCAACGGCGCGUGGAUUUUGUUAACAAUGGAGUCUGGGCAUUGAAAUUUUACACUGACGAGGAGUAUAGAAAAUUUGUGACCCGAUUUCAGGAUUGUCUAUUUGAGAAUGUUUAUGGGCUUGAAGCCACCGAAGAGAAUAAGAUGAAAGUUUAUGGGAAGGAAUUUAUCGGCUGGGUUAAUCCAGAAAUUGCCGAUGAUACGAUGUGGGAGGAUGCCGAGGAUGAUAGCGCUUCCGGCAAAAACACACCUGUGCGUGUAGAUCAGGAUUUGAUGGAGGAGUUUGAGGAGGCGGCUAAUGGGGGUGUGCAAAACUUGACUUUAGGUGCUUUGGAUAAUAGUUUCUUGGUUAAUGAUUUGGGUGUUCAAGUUUAUAGGAAUUAUCAUAAAGGCAUUUAUGGGAAGGGUAUUUGUGUGAAAUUUGAUAAUAGAAGUGGAGCUAGUUCGGAGCAAUCUACCCCUAAAAAGGCAAUGCUUAUGAGGGCAGAAACGAAUAUGAUGUUAAUGAGUCCAUUAAAGGGAGGGAAGCCAAAUUCAACAGGAAUUCAGCAGCUUGAUAUUGAAACGGGAAAGAUUGUGACAGAGUGGAAGUUUGGGAAAGAUGGGACUGAGAUUACAAUGAAAGAUGUAACAAAUGAUACUAAAGGGUCUCAAUUGGACCCAUCCGAGAGUACCUUUCUGGGUUUGGAUGAUAAUAGGUUAUGUCAAUGGGAUAUGAGAGAUAAGAGAGGGAUGGUGCAGAGUAUUGGGGGUGAUUCUCCAGUUUUGCAUUGGAGUCAGGGGCAUCAGUUCUCAAGAGGGACUAAUUUUCAAUGCUUUGCGAGUACAGGUGAUGGAUCUAUUGUUGUUGGAUCACUUGAUGGCAAGAUUAGGUUGUAUUCGAGGACAUCAAUGAGGCAGGCUAAGACAGCUUUUCCUGGGCUUGGCUCGCCUAUUACUCAAGUGGAUGUUACAUAUGAUGGGAAGUGGGUCUUGGGGACAACGGACACAUAUUUGAUCCUUAUUUGCACUCUGUUUACGGAUAAGGAUGGCAAGACUAAGACUGGAUUUAGUGGUCGAAUGGGAAAUAAGAUACCAGCUCCGAGAUUAUUGAAGCUGACUCCUCUGGAUUCACACUUGGCUAGUGCGAACAAUAAAUUUCAUGGUGGUCAUUUCUCCUGGGUCACUGAGAAUGGUAAACAAGAACGACACCUAGUUGCCACAGUGGGCAAGUUCAGUGUGAUAUGGGACUUCCAACAGGUGAAGAACAGCGCCCAUGAAUGCUACCGUAAUCAGCAAGGUCUCAAGAGCUGUUAUUGUUAUAAGAUAGUGUUGAAGGAUGAGUCCAUUGUUGAAAGUCGUUUCAUGCAUGACAAUUAUGCUGUUAGUGACUCCCCAGAAGCUCCAUUGGUGGUGGCAACCCCCAUGAAAGUCAGCUCUAUUAGCCUUUCUGGCAAGCGGUCUCGAGGCUGAAACACUUUUGUUAAUAUGUACAAAUUCUUUUCUUUAUGUGUAGUUUGCUUCUGCUGUCAUUUCCAAUUCAAUAGUUGUUCUUUCUUUCCCCAUCUUGUAUUUGAUUUGGGCUUUGUAUUUAGCGAGAACAUAUAAAUGAUUGUUUCUGUUUCAAGGACAUUGUAGGCAUAAAAAAGUAGAGCAUUUGUAUC